AUGUCGGCCGCCACUCCUUCAGAAGCGACCAUCGGCGGCACCACAGACACCAUGACGGAUGAUGGAGGUACUCCCCUCAACGACACUCCCAUUCCGAUUGACUUGUCCAGCGCUCGCCGAGCUAAGACUCCCGACGUGGACCUCACAGGCUCAUCUAGUGCCUCCUCAGCUCCCUCAACUCCUACCAAGCCGGCUAGCGAGCGCAGCCAAGCCACUCCCAACGGGCCGAAGCUUACUUCUCACAAGGAUGCGUCUAAGCAGCUUCGCGAUCUGAUUGUCGCCCACAAUAAGAAGGGAGUCGAGAUAAAGGAGAUGUUGGUCCUAUACAGGGACCUGACACGUGAGGAUAAUGCCACUCCGAUAAUUCUCGACGAAUGUGUCACUGCGACAAAUGCUCGUCUUGUGCGGGCUAUCGAAGAUGUCGAGGCUCUUGAGGAUGGCCGUCCGCCGCGGGUGACACCCUAUCCGGCUGACAAGAUUCCCGAGCUUCUUGCCGCUGUCGAGAAAGCCGAGGCCGAUAGGGAUGCAUUCUAUGCUGAGACUCAGCGCUUGUUCAUGCAACUUGCGAUGCUUGAGGAAGAGCAACACGCUCUCAGGGCCAAGGCGGUGAUUGCUAGAAAGGUUGAGCUUGAAGCUAGAAUGCGAGAAGGCAUGCCCACUGCCUCAGCGGCCUGCAACAAACCUUUUGCGCCUUCUGGAUCCGGCUUGCCUAUCGCUCUCGGAACCCCGAGCAGUUCGACGCCUACGACUGUUGGACGGCGGGGUAUUAACAAAACGCCUAUUGUGUUUACAUCUCCCACUAGCCCGGAGGUCAUCGGCCGGAAGCCGAGUGGGCAGAACUCCAGAGCGGGCGUGUGUGCAUCGAGUUUGGAUGAUCCUCAGACGCCCACGAGAAAGAGAAAAGCUCGACACUGA